AUGCGACCGCUUUUUAGAAAAUUCAUGGGGACCUUUUCAACAGUCCAUCCGCACCAUGGAAAAGGUCAAUACUUAAGUCCGUUGACGUUCCCGGGCUCGGUUAUAUACGUGCAUGAUGAAAAUGUCCAUAAGUAUGAAAAGAGCAUAAUACAGUACCUACGUACGGACAUCAUCGGGUUCGAUACGGAAUUCGUUUUGGAGCUAAGUGAAGGCAGCUCGAACCAUGUGGACGGCGGGAAGGUUCCUCCAAGAUGUCAAUCACUCAGUGACGGCAGCCACAACAACGGAAUGCUAAAUAGUAUUCUAUCAAGCACAUCCCCAAAAAGAGUAGAUUUUAUCAAGGAGAUUAAAUCGAAAGGGUUCACGGCAAUGUCGACAGAAGGUAAAUUUUUAAAAAGAGUACAGAGGAGAAAUUAUCCACCAUGGAGUGAGAAGAAAACGCUAUGCCUCAUUCAGCUAAGUUCGAAAAAUUUGUGCUUCGUCUUUAACAUUAACAAACUCAAGGGGAAAAUCCCCAUGUGUGUGAAGGAAAUUAUGGAGGAUGAAAAAAUAAAAAAAGUGUGCCAUGACAUUCGAAAUGACAAAGAUAUGUUCGAAGACCAAGAUAUUCAAAUAAGGAACACUUUCGAUUUAUAUGAUUUUUGCAUGAAAAAUUAUCUGUACCCUCCUUCGUUACAAUUUUUAGUUAAAUUAUUUCUUAAAAAGAAUUUAGAAAAGCAUUUUCGAUUGUCUAACUGGUUAAGUCAUGACUUGAAGGAGGAGCAAAUUCUGUAUGCUGCUGCCGAUGCCUAUGCGUCGAGGGAGGUCUAUAUGGUCUUAAAGGAAAUGGGCAAGGUGAAUCAGUCGUGUGGGGAGAACCAAUUGUGUGAUCUGCCUUCAAAGGGAAGGACUAAUGUAACCUCUUCUGUGAAGGAUCCCCAUCGGAUAACUGCAAUCGAUAAGGAAGAAAACACAAGUGAUGCCAAAAAACUUUAUUGUGAGACCCCUCAAGAGGGAGAAAUUAAAAAUAGUGUUCUGUCAGCGGGGAUACAGCAAUGUAGUAACACUCAAAUAGUAGAUGAAACGAAAAGGAGCACUGCCGCAAUGCACAACUCUGUCACGACGAUUGAACAGAAUGACACUAAGCUGCGGCAAAACUCCACAGAGAUGGAAAAACAAACGUAUGAAUUUUUUGGAAGACAUGAAAUAAGCACUAUUCAUGAGUUAAAAAGUAAAAUUCACGUGAAAUGUGCCCAACUGUGUAACAUAUCUUUUGUUGAAGAAAUGGUAUUUGCAGGCAAUGGCUAUAAAAAUCGGAUGUCCUUGCAGGACCUGGAGAGAGGCAGAUCCCUCAUCGUGCUGCAUUCGCAGGGCUUCGAUGAGGAAGUGAAGUGCUGCCAGGAAAUACUGAGUUAUAUGGACAUCGUGGCGUAA